AUGGGCCGCAUUGGCACCAAAGCCGUGAAGAAGGCAGCCCAGGUCGUCACGGAGAAGUACGACACGGGUAGCUACGUCCGCACCGGCAACCGCGUGUGCAAGGAGAUGGCCACUAUUCCCAGCAAGAGCUCUGCAACAAGAGAGCAGGCUGUCACGCAUCAGACGGAGCACAUUCAGAGAGGCCCAGUGAGAGGGCUCUCUGUCAAGCUGUUGAGAGAAAAGAGAGAAAAUUAUGGUCCUGAGGUCUCAGCCCCGGAUCAGGAGAGCACGGAGGUAGAUCCUCACACCAAGGAAAUAUUGAAACCCUUGCACUUUGCCAGUCUGUCCAACCUGUAG